AUGUUAAGAUACUCAACAACCCACCAUUUAUUUUUAGUUUAAUUGAAAUAGCACAAAUUAAUUUUGGACACAAACUAAUAAUUGAGAAAAUUAAAAUUUAAAAUUUAAAAUGUUCAAUGUACUAAAUGUUAAUUAGGUUUGGUUCGAAAUGUUGAAAUCUAAUAAUAAGAUGAAUAAAGCAUUAAACUUUAUUAAAUUAUAAUUAACAAUAGUCUUAGUGGAAGAACUUGUUGUCUUUUAAUUGCUCAAAUAAAAAUGAUUUAAUUAUUUUUAAUCCUGAAUUAAAUUAUAGAAUGUUACAAUUAUCAUAAUUACGAAAAUCUUUUAAAUAGCAUGAAAUAUUAAAUUAUUAUAAAAAAAGUUAAUUUUUCAAUAACUCUGCAAAUCAAAUAAUAUAUAUUAUAUAUAUAAAUCAACCAUAAUUAACAUAAAUAGUAUAAUAAAAGAUUGCAUUUUUAAAAAUAAUUUUGCAGAUAUUGGAGAUUAAAUUUACUAUUUAUCAGAGAAAGAAUAAUUAUAUAUUUUUUAUUCAAAAAUUAUUGA